AUGUCACAAGAGUCAGAUCGCAACGUGGAAGAUCGUCCGGCAAGACAACCCAUUCUCAACGUCCCCGACUUAAACAUGCAAGCCUUAUUACGAGAAAUGGAGCGACUCCUAGAUCGAAGGCUCAAUCCCAUCGAAGACCGUUUGUUCCAAGUUGAAGUGAAUGGCCAACGUGAAAGAGCACCCGAGGGGGUUAGACCAAGACGGGAGAGACCAAAUCAGAACCGGGGAAGACGAAGGGUCCAAGACGAUGAAGCAAAUGACCUUAGUGAUCUUGAAAGUGAACAAGAGUCUAAUGCUAGUGAUCGACGUAGGCAACACCGACAACGAGAUCGAAGACGCGACGAUGAUGAUCUCAAGAACAUUAAACUGACUAUUCCACCGUUUCAAGGCGGUGAUGAGGCGACGAUUUAUCCUGCGUACUACCACCGGAGUUGCACCAAAACUCAAAAUCUCACACAAGGGUCCAAAAGUGUUGAGGAUUACUACAAAGAGAUGGAAAUCGCGAUGAUUCGAAGGAUGUCCAAGAAGAUCCCGAAGCAACGAUGGCGAGAUUCUGGUGGUCUAAAUCGAGAUAUAGCAAACGUGGUGGAAUUACAACACUAUAUUGAAGUGGUUGAUAUGGUCCAUAUGGCCAUCAAGGUAGAAAGACAACUCAAGAGAAAAGGCCCAAGUCGAGGGUUUCCACUUCCAACCCUUCAAGGUGGAGCCAAGGAUCAAGCAAAGGACCCGCCAAUCCUCGAGGGAAGGAGACCACGGUACCUCCAAAACCAACAAGCCCAUCGCGAAAUGAACAAAGGCAAAGCACCCGAAUCGUCAUACAAUCGAAAUCGGGAUAUUAAGUGUUUUAAGUGUCUCGAAAGAGGCCACAUAGCAAGCCAAUGCCCAAAUCGAAGGACCAUGGUAUUGCGAGCCGAUGGCAAGAUCGAAAUAGAGGAUGAGGAGGAGAAAGAAUCUGAAUCAGCUUCUGAAGUCGAGGAGGACGUGGAACAACCCAUGGAAGGAGAACUACUUGUUGUAAAACGAAGUCUAAGUCUCCAAGGCGCGGAGAAUGAUCUCCAACGAGAGAAUAUCUUCCACACUCGGUGCCAACAUCCGAGCCCCUACAAACUACAAUGGCUCAAUGACGGAGGAGAGCUUAAGGUAACAAAGCAAGUACUUGUCUCUUUCAACAUCGACAAGUAUUCGGAUGAAGUUCUUUGUGACGUCGUACCGAUGCAUGCGGGGCAUUUGCUACUUGGCCGACCGUGGCAGUUUGAUAGACGAGUUCAACACGACGGGUAUGCCAACCGGAUUUCCAAGACGUUUUUUGGAAGAAACCCGAGUGGUCUUCCACCACUUCGUGGAAUCGAGCAUCAAAUUGAUUUCAUGCCGGGAGCGGUUAUUCCAAAUCGACCUGCUUACCGAGCCAAUCCGGAGGAGACCAAGGAGUUGCAAAGACAAGUCAAUGAGCUAAUGGAAAAAGGCUACAUUCGCGAGAGCCUAAGUCCCUGUGCUGUUCCCGUAUUAUUGGUACCGAAAAAAGACGGAACAUGGCACAUAUGCGAAGAAAAGGAAGAUUUUGUCAAGGAUUUACACAACAAGGUGCGGGCCAAUAUUGAGGCUAGGAUCGAGUCCUAUGUGCGUAAUGCUAACAAAGGUCAAAAGCAGUAG